AUGGCUGCUCCCGCGGACAAGACCCUCAAGAACCUCAACGGCCAGUGGACAGUGAACAAGGAGCUGUCCGAGUCGACUGAUCCCGCCCUGGCCAUCCAAGGUAUCGGAUACCUCAUCCGCACUGGCGUCAGCUAUGCGACCAUCAGCAUCACCGUGAACCAGUACGAGGCUCCCCCCAAGGCGCCGAAUGAGUCCACCGACAUCUUCACCCACGUCGACAUCGAUCAGUCUGCUUCGGGGCUUUCCAACACCCAAGAGAAGCGAUGCCUGGAUAACACCUACCGCGACCACACUGACUGGCUGUUUGGCCAUGUCAAGGGCCGGAGUGCCUGGGUCACCCUGGAUGAGGUUGAGGAGGCGUACCUGAAGAAUGGGUGGGAGGUCGAGGGCGAUGGCAAGUUUAUCUUGAGCCAUGUUGAGAGCCAGGAUGCCGGAUGGACUGCUACCCAGGUCUGGGGAUUCCAGCAGGUAAAUGGGGAGCGUCGCUACUGUCGCAACAUUGUUGUGGCUAAGGGUGAUGAGCGCUCUGAGUUCCGCCUCGUCUAUGACUACAAUGGAUAA